UGCUUACAAAACGGUCCAAAAUUGAUUCGCUUAAAUAAGUAGUCUGGCAGAUAAGCUCGCCAGUAUAGUUGAUAUUGACCACAGCUGGAUAUUAUUUAUAGUGUUUCAAAUUGUUAUCACUAUGACUGAACGAAUGGCGGAAAUGCAAAAAAAUACCCUGGCCGUAAUUGGUUUUUCGUGUUUCAUCAUUUUGUGUUUUGUGACAUUACUCAACACCUAUCGGAUGGUUCUUUUAGAUGCUGAAGUGCAAGAAUUGAGGGAGGUUGUUUCCAAAUGUGAACCCAGGAGAAUACUGGCCAGAGAAAAUCAAUUUGAGGAAGAACGAUAUAUUUCAAGAAAGAGGCGAGACAUCCUUAAUCAAUCUUUUGAACAGGAUAAUAAUUAUCGCAACCAAAAAUACACUGGAUCCAAGGCAGCAUCAAAUUCUGAGCAGCACAUUUUUGCAAGCCCAUGGAAUGCAAUUUUUCAAAACGAAAAAAGUGGUAUUCCGAGGUCUUCAUCGUCUAUUAGAAAGCCUGCAAUUCGAUCUUUGGAUACCAAUGCAGAGGUCUCAGAGGAUUACAAUGGCUCUUCAGAAUCCGAAUCAACUACGGCAGAACGACCGAUUCAAAGUAGGCUAAGAUAUGGAAGAAUUAAGCCUCUUCCAUCUAUUCACUUGAGUGGAGAUACUUCCAGUUAUGUGCUUGGUACUCAUGAGAACUUCAACGGUAAUGGUCACCUUAAACAUCCGCAGAGAAUUUUCGUUGACUGGAAAAUCAGCAGUUGGGCCGAGUCGUUAGGGAUGAUGAAUCACUUUGUUUUUGAUGAAGGGUAUUUGACUAUCAAGCAACGAGGACUAUAUUUAGUAUAUGCACAGAUUUAUUAUCUUGACGAGCAUGAUACAAAUGGAUACAGAGUGUUCAAAAAUGAUGAUAUGAUUCUCCAGUGCACUGUUUCAUUACACGGUGGUAAUGGAGUGCAAAAAGGAAACACUUGUUACACUGCAGGAGUUGAAUAUUUCGCUGACGGUGAUAAACUCAGUUUGGGUGAUAUUCUUCAUGGUCACUAUUCCUUGUUCGAACCGGGAAAAUCCUUUUUCGGAGUAGUGAAACUGGGAGACUUUCGAACUAGAAUAUGAAAGGUCUUACCGCAGUAAGUAGUAUAUCCCGCCGCUAGUAUUAGGCAGAAGGCCAAACAUCGAACCAAUGCCUGUUUAUUUUUUAAUUGUUAGAAGCUUUAUAAAAUAGAAUGUCUCACUGAGCUUUCAGAUUUAAAAAAAGUAUAGAUAGACUUAUACAAUAAACGUUUAGCUAACAUGG